UCACUUCGGACUGUGAAAAAGAACGCGUUGAAUGGAGCAUAAUCCUGCAAACUGAAACUGGGUCAGUACAAUCUCUUUUCUCUUCACAAAUGUAUCAUUUUCUCAUUGAUAGAUUUACCCGUCAUAGAAUCCUUCACUCUACUGUUCUAUGCCGCAAUGCUUAUUCUAUUUUCUUCAAUUCUUGUUCUUUCUCUGUUUUGAACACAAACCACCAUCAUCAAACCGACAACUUUACGUUGUCAGCCCUCGUAAAUUCAUGCGGUUUGUCCCCUGAAACUGUCCUUAAACUCUCCAAAAGGUUGCAAACCAUAAACCCUAAUGGCCCAAAUGCUGUUGUUCAACUUCUCACCAACCAUGGCUUCUCUGAUUCCCAGUUACGUAGCUAUGUCAAGAAACAACCUUCGGUACUUUUAUCAGAUGCGGAAAAGACCCUUUUGCCAAAGCUCAAAUUUUUGCAAUCCAUUGGGGUUUCAACCACUGAUCUCCCCAAAAUCCUAAUCAGGAACACUUCCUUUUUGUCAAAAAGCUUGGACAAACACUUAAUACCUCGCUAUGAGAUCAUUAGAAGCCUAGUUUGCAAUGAUAAAGAGGUGGUUUCAGCUUUGAAGCAUGGUUCCUGGAACCUUAACUGUGGCUGGGUUGUAAAUGAUGCAGCUCUGAACAUUGAGGUUUUGAGGAACCUUGGUGUUCCUCAAGGUUGCAUUUCCCUUUUGGUAUCCAAUUUUCCCGGUGUAGCAUUCACCAAACACUCGGUAUUUGCUGAGGCUGUUAAUUCGGUCAAGGAAAUGGGGUUUGAUCCAUCAAAGUCGAAUUUUGUUUUGGCACUCCAGGUGUUUGCGAAAAUGAACAAGGAUAUUUGGGAAUCGAGAUUUAAGAUUUUCGAGAAAUGGGGUUGGUCGAGAGAUAUGUGUCUUUCGGCUUUCUUAAAGCACCCGCAAUAUAUGAUGAUCUCAGAAAAGAAGAUAGUAAAAGCGAUGAACUUCUUGGUGAAUGAUACUGGUCUUAGCCCCGAAGAAAUUGCGAGAAGGCCUGGUAUGCUGAACCGCAACUUGGAGAAGACAUUUAUCCCUAGAUGGGCUGUUCUUAAAAUUUUGAGGUCAAGGGGUUUGGUAAAGAGUGAUUUACGCAUAAGUAGUGUUAUUUCGAUAAGUGAGGAAAAGUUUUUGGAGAGAUAUGUAACCCGAUUUCAGAAAGAUCUGCCCCUGUUAUUGGAUGCAUAUAAUGGUCAGGUGCUAGAUUGAUCAUCUUGGUAUACUCUAAUCUUUGAAAGUUUGAAUUAGUUAUACAUGAUUGCAAAAGUUAAUCAUUCAUUUUUUAUGGUUUGCGUUACUGGUUUUUAGAACUGAAUCAUUGAUAUGUUACUUAUACAUACCACUCAGUAGCUAUCUGCAAUAUGAAUUUUCCCCAUUUUAUGAAGUUGUAAGAGCAGAUUUUACCAAGAAAGCAAACCCCUACUGACAUUUAUUUUUUCUGUUAUGAUGGGAUUAAUUUGGCUACUACAAAUAAUCUUUAUGAUAAAAAUGCAAGGUAAACUCAAUGCUUAUGUUAAUACUAUGCUGAUGACCUUAUUUGUUCUCUUACUGCCUUUAUAUGGAACCAUUUUGUGAUGCAUGGUUAGGACUUUCUCAUGGGACUACCCUUGAUAAAGGGCGAACUACCUCAUUUCUUUCAGUCGUAAAGAAAAAGUAAGACUCUACCAUCUUCUAAAACCGCACCAAAUUCAUAGAUUUUUCUUUGAUGAGUGAAAACUAUCCAUCACAAACUUUGCAUCCAACUCAAAAUUAACAUGUUUCAAAUUUAUCUCUAUUAUCCAAUAACUACUUGAUGUAGGCCCAAAGCUUCAAACCAGAAAGAGGACUCAAAUUAUUUAAUAGAAAAGUCACCCAUUAUGAUUAUUUUGUGGCUCUAUUAGACCAGUUUCAGAAGAGUUAGCAAAUUAUGUUCUUUGCAUAACAAUAUUAAAACUAAAAGAAUCAAUAUAGUCUUAAUUUACAAAAUAAAUUAAACUAAAAGAAUUAAUACAAAUUUAUUUUACAAAAUAAACUUUUUUGCCCAAAAUUGAGUCAAACUCCGAACUUAUUAGAAAACUAUUCAAACAACAUUAAUUGAAAUUAAUUGUACAAACUCAAUUCUCUCAUAAUCCAUUAUGUCUAUCGUCAAUCUUAACUAGGGAUGACAAUUUGGCCCAUAUUCUAACAUUCAUAACAGGUAGGGUAAAUAAGCGAGGAUGGGUGCAGGCACGAGUACCUUACUACCCACCCUGCCUCAUACCCGUCAAUCUUAA